GGCAUUAUGUGAAUUACCUUCUCUUUGUCCAUAUGACAAGUCACAUAGACAUGUGUUAUCACCACAGUCUCCUUGUGUGCCCAGGUAGACCAUGUGUGGGAGGUGCAGCCAGACCAUGUUUGUUUCCAAUAUUUACUCUGACCACCUCCAUCACAGGACCUGGAGCUCUGUUUUGGUUCCCUAACAACACGGACUACAAAUAAAUAAGGUCUGCUCUGACGUCUUGUUGUCCCAACUGGGGCCAGUUCACCAUGUGCUUCCCAUGUUUACUAUCACCAGAGGCUAGCCAUUUAAUUUGUUCCCAUAGGUGUCUUCAAACAGAAGGCCCGUAUUUAAACUGGAAACGAGAAAAAUUUGUAAUUUGGCACCACAUUUCCCACACCAGACUGCAGUUAUUUCUUUUUGUAACCAAUUUAAAUGGACCGAACAAACCUAACUUAUUUAAUAUUAACUAAUGAGAACUGAGAAUAAAGGCCAAAUUUGUAACCAUUUCUUCAACUUGAUUUCCUUGAUUUGUGACUCAAGAGACUUUUUAAAAAAAUAAUAAAAGAUGUGGCUUAGAGUUUUUUUAGUCAUAUUUCUGUCUGUGAUGUCAUCUUACUCUUAUGACUACUAUUAUUAUGAUCCAACUAUCUGCGAGAACAUACAGCCCGGCCUCUGGGUAAGUUAUGCAGUACCUUUCCAAGAUUUAUAAUUGAGGAUAAUUAUUUUUAUUAAGUUAUCUCUUAAACAUUUGUAAAAAAAUAUGCAUCACUGCUGUUUAUUGUAUUUCCCUUUUAUGGGAACUAUAAGUUUAGAUGAUUUUCAUAGAAUUUCUUAUCUCUGACAAUAUGCAUAAAAUUGAACAGGUCCGUGACACGGUAGAUUGCACAAUUGCACACCAAUGUGGUUUUGAUAUGGAAGUGAUUCAGUCCAUUCAAUGCAAUGCCAGUCAGGUUUGGUCUAAGCUUGCCUCAGCCUGUGUGUGGGAGUGGGAUCCUGAUCGUGAUGACUGCAAUGGUCGUCCACAAACAUCCAUAUUAGGUAGCAUUUAUACACAUGCAAUGAAUUAUGUUUGUAUUAAAUUAUUGAAUUAAAGAUUAAUUAUAAAUUAAAAUAAUAGUCCACACACAAAAAAUGUAAAUUUAAGAAAAACCCAUUUUUAGACUUUCUUAACUACCAUGGUAUAAAAUAACGGGUAUUAUACAUUUGUCUAUGAUGAGAAACGUAAAACAUUCAUUCCUCAACAUAAUAAAAGAAAUUAAUUUGCUAAUUGGUGAAAGUUGCUAAGAAUAAAUAUUUUAUUUUCAACAAAAUCAAGUGGUUUUGAAUUAGAUUCCAUUUAGUUAAGAUUACCUAAAGAUUCUAGUUUUGAAUGAGUUUACCUGAAGAAUUUUGUUUAAAAUUAGAUUUCCUCAAGUAUCAUCAUCAAACAAAAAAACAUUGUCUGUACCAAGUACCAUGAUGAGUAGGCUGACAUUGAAAAGUUAUUCUUUAACAUGUUCAUUAAAUACCUUAUGAACAUGUUUUUUUGAAUAUUAAAGAUUCCUCAUCUAGCUAAUAAUUUAUAACUUCAGAAUGUGAGAAAUUUUUUUAAAAUAAUGUGCAUAUUUGUAAACAAUGUUUUCUUUUGGUUGAAGGAUAAAGGUAUACACAAGUUUUUCAAUCACAAAUUGAAUUAAAUUAUAUGUGCUGGUCUAUUGGAGAAUUGCUGUUAUUUUCCUAUCAUUACUAAAGGUGACCCAAGGUGCGUUAAAAAAACAGGCAACAACCCACACCCUGAAGACUGCUCCAAGUUCCUCUCCUGUUCUAACGGCACAAUGAUAGCAGAACAGAGAUGCUCUGACGGAACACUUUACUGGCCUCGCAAUGAGACUUGUGAAUUUGCUGAAGCUGUAGCAUAUGAUUGUGGUCAAAGAAAAAUUCCAAUGUCUAUUCCUAUUUGUAAGUAUUAGUUUGAUGUGUAGUCACAAAACAGCUACAUUUGUACACGGAAUUAAGCAUAUCUUUCUGCUUACAUAUUUUAGCAUGUAUAUAUAUAUAUAUAAAUAAAUAAAAUAUAAUGGCAUUCAAGUUCAAGUAAUAUUACCCUUAUAUCUGCUCUAAAAUGAAAACAGGCUUAAAAACAAAUGAUAAUGGUGUAGACAAGCAUUGAAGAUAUCUUCUUAAUUUGGUAUAUUUCAUAGAUGAAGAAGAUCCAUUGUGUAAGCUAAAUGGACAGGUCCCAGAUCCAGCCAGCUGCAGGCACUUCAUCCAGUGUCUUCAUGGCAAGAGAGUGCAGCGUAUUCAGUGUCCCCGUGGCACUGCUUUCUCUGAUAAAACUCGCCAAUGCGAGUGGUAUGAAGAGGUGCAUUGUGGUAGUAGAGUUGUAUAAUUGAGAAACCAUUUUUAUAACACAACACCAUCUUCAAAAUACUUAUUUUUCACACAGCAUAAGGUGUUCUGUCAACAUGAAUUGCGAGGUUGAAUGUUAUUGUUUUCAAAUUACAAAUGUAGUAAAAAUGUUUUCAUUUUCAAAAUAAUUACCGGUAUAAAACAUUAUCUUUUUUUUUAAAUAAAGUAAAUAAAUGCAUAUGUAAUAUUCAUUCCUAUAUAUAACUACAGUGCAGAGCUUUAAGUUAUGGGUGUGUUUCUAAUUAUCAAACCUUUGCAAGAAAUUGAUGCUUUCUGUGUUCACAUUUAUGUCUUCUCAUUGGUCCAGAUACCAGUAUACAUUGUUUGGAUCAUUAUGUGCAAACAUUUCAAAACAAAGUACUUCCAGAAAAAUAAGUAUAGAGUUACUAUAGUCUUGUCUACUGCUGCUGGGUUUGUUUCCAAGGAAAAUGUUCAGGACAAAUGUUUUGCUUGCUAUUGUGAAGACUAGAUUUAAAACAUAUUCACUGGCUUUUAUAUUUUAACAUUGGCUGUACGCAAAAGACUUACUGUGCAUUAAGUUUAUUGUACAGUAAAGAAAGAUUGACAUCACCUAUUUGGUAUUACUAUAUGUAUAAUGUACCAUAAUAUAUAUGCAUAGAUAAAUGAAUAUUAAAAUUUAUGACCAUUCAGUGGUGAGCAGUUCAUGAAAUUAAAAGCUUUGAAUAAUUAUUCUAUUCUAUGAGUUUUUUCUCCAUAUAUGUAGAUACAAAAAUAGACACUAGUUAAUGCUUUAUGUUUCAUCAACAUUUAUUUAAGGCUAUAACCAGCAUAUUUUAUGGCUUAGCCUGGCUUAGCCAAAACACAAAUAAGACAAUUGUACAAAGAAUCAGAAUAGUAAUGUAAACAUCAAAAUUGUCUAUAAUGUAAUUAAAUUGAAUGAAAGUAAAUAGGAUUUUAAAUACAAAUUAGAAACAAAGCUUGUACCCAAACCAAUCCUUAGACUAAUUUUAAAACGAAACAAUUUAUAUUAUAUAAUAAAACUUAACUUUUGUAAAACAAGAAGUUCUUUCAAAAUUUUGAAGACAAUUUUGUCUAAAAUUUUAAAAAAUAAAAGAGGUAAGGGGCUUUUUUAAAUAAAAUUAUUGAUUUAACAGUAGCUUCAUAUUUGAACUAUUUUGUCAAUUAUUUA